AUGAAAUGUGGCAUCAAAACAUCACAUGCCCUCGCCCGCGGUGGUCUCGGUGACGCACUCCUCGAACUCUACGUGAACACGCCCGCAUCCCGUCUUCCCAUUGCCCUCUCCGAUUGGCGUGGAUCUUUGCGUCGUUACCUUGCCACGGAUCCCGACAAGUAUAUCGGCCGUAAAGAGAAGAAGCUCGCGCAAUCCAUCCCCGACUCGUUCCCCCCUCUCGACGUCUUGGACGCCUAUGUUCGACCUGUCACGUCCGAACUAGAGGGUAUCGUGCCCGAAUUUACGUGGUCAAGACAGCCGAGUUUAAAGGACAUUACGAACCAGUGCGAGAUGCACUACGAGUGGGGUGUCAAACCGCUCAUCCUUAAACGAUUCCGCACCGUCAUUUGGAAAGGUGCAUUGAUGCGCGUCUUGAGAGCGGCGGUUAUGGAGGGGGAUGAAAAGGAGAUGAGGAAGGCGAAGAGGAUGGGAAACCCGAUGGCCACACCAAUGAGUGGACGACGAGCAGCUGCGAUGGCUGUUGGCACUCCUUCUCGACUCAUCACUCAGUGCUUGUCUGGGUUACAACUUCAGACCCCUAACCCUGGUGCCACGGCGAGAAACGACGAUCCAUUCUCGUCCGACUAUCCCAGCGUCAACCGACCUGAUGAAGAUGAUGCGUUGUUGGUCAAGAUCCAUUCGCAGCGUACGCAUACAUCAACAGACCGUAUACUCGAAUACCGUCUAGAGAUCAACCCGACCCAAUUCGUCCGACUGGUCGAGCAAGGGUUUAUGGGUCUCCGCCCUGAAGACGAGAUUGACGUGGAAAACUUUGGCAAGAGGCGAAGUGUAAUCAUUGGUGGGCGCGAAAGUGAUGACGACGAGGAAUUUGGGGACGUGGAUGAAGGCGACGAAGAAGGUGGGAGGGGAAAGGGCAAAAAGAAAAAGGCACCCAUGAGCCACACAGACCCAAUGAGGAUUUGGGUUCCGGCUU